AUGAGAGUUUCUCGAGAGUUGGCGGCGGUGGCGGUGUGGAUGGGGCUUGCGGGCGUGCUGGCGGGGCUGGUGGCGUGGAGGGUGCAGAAGGGCUUCGACGACAAUCGCAAGGCGGAGCUCGACACCUGGUGCGCCGGUCGCGCGCGCUCGCUGCAGCAGCAGUUCAUGCUCACCGCCGACCACGUGCAGGCGCUGGCAGGGCUGUUGACAGUGUUUGGGGGAGUGCGGGAGAACCCGUGGGGCGUGGCGGGGUGCAUGAGCCAGCAGCGGUACGCGCAGUACGUGCACGCCACUGUGGCCGCAUGGUUUUGGGUGCAUGCUGUCAUCUACCUCCUCCUCCUCAACCAUUCCGACAGGGCGGAGUACGAGAGGCAGAUGCGGUGCGGAGUGGUGGACUUCAUGGACCACGCGCGCCCCCCAGCGGACUGGUACAUGCCCAUGCGCUACUGGUACAGCGAGAUCCCCCUCGCCACCGUGCUCGCCGGCACGCCCUGCAAGGACGCGCGCACCAACCCCUCCUUCGGCCCGCAGCUGGGCGGCAUGGUGGAGCGCGCGGACCGGUGGCUCACCACGCCCUACGUGCUCGACAAUGGCAAUGCUGGCAUCGGUGGGUGCUGUCCCUGGCUGGCACACGCAUGGGUGGCUGGGGCAAUGGGGGCAGCAGCAUGGGUGGGUGGGGACAGGCGCCGUGGGUUAUGCAAGUGGGAGUGGGAGGGCUGUGAUGGCCCCUCCCUCCCUCUUUCCCUCUGCCCGCGCCUCUGCACUGUGCAAUGUCGCCGCACGUGCACCACCCAUGCAGGCAUGACGUUUCCGCUCUUCCGGGUGGGCGUGUCGACGGGGUCGCCCCUGGCAGAGCGGCAGGGCACGUUGAUCGGAGCCAUGGGGGCGUCGGUGGACUUGAAGCGCCUUGCCAGCGCCAUCAUCCUCGAUGUGCUGCAGGACGUGAACUACACGCUUGAGAUCUACGACAUCACAGACACCUUGGCAUCGCCCCCAUCAGGCCAGCGCCUGCUGUACGGCGUGGGCGACUUGCCUCAGGGCGACCCCAAGCAGGAGUCCAAGGUCAUUCCGCCCUCCACCGCCGCCAUGCUGCAGCCACACCGCCACAAGGCCGUGCACCCACUCAACCUCACCGACCCCUCUCGCUCCUUCCAAGCCUGGUGCCGGUAUUCCCCUCCUCUUGUCUCCUCCUCUUGUCGCCUCACCGUAUUCCCCUCUCCCUUUAUAUCCUCUUGUUCCCUCCCCUCGUGCCCUCCCCUUCUCUUCUCCUCAGCACUGCUAGCAUGUCAGCAAAUCUUCUCACUUCCUUUUCCACUCACAUUCUUUUUCUCUCCCUCUGUCUGUCGGUUCUUCCCCCGGCAACCGCCCCCACUCUGCCCUCCAACCCCCCGUGGCUUUUCUCCCCUCUCGCCCUCAUUCCCCCCUGCCAGCUUUGCAGGGUCAGACGAAGCACGCAGUUGGGUGGCGGUCGUGCUGGGCGUGGUGAUAGUGGUGGUGGCGGCGCUGCUGGCAGGCAUUGCAGUGAGCGUGGUGCGCAACACGCGGAGGGCGAGGAGGAAGACGGCGGUGGUGGAGGGCUUGAAGGAGAGCACGCAGCGCAAGGAGCACAACAAGAGCGCCUUCAUUGCCACCACCUCGCACGAGCUGCGCACACCAAUCAUCGGAAUGAAAGGCAUGUUGGAGCAGCUGGUGGAGGGGCACAUGGAGUGCGAGAUGGAGGAGGACGUGUGGACAGCGCUGGAGGAGGCGGAGCGGGUGCUGCGGCUGAUCAACACGGUGCUGGACAUCUCCAAGGUGGAGGCGGGGCACAUGCAGCUCGAGCGACUGCCGUUUGACCCGCGUGCCUGGCUGCUGGCCGCCCUGCAGCAGCACGGGGCCAGAGCUGCUGAAGCCGGGCUGCAGUUCACGUGGCAUGUGGAUGUGAGUGUGCCGGACGUGCUAGUGGGGGACCACAUGCGCCUGCAGCAAGUGAUCGACAGCAUUGUUGACAACGCCAUCAAGUUCACGAGCAGUGGAGGCAUGUGUGUGAGGCUGCAGUGCCUUCCCCCCGACACCCACACCCCCACCCACCUGCUCUCCCUCGGCUGCCUCCUCGCUGAAACCACCCCCUGCUGCCCCCCUGCCGCUGCUCCCAGUGCUGCUAGUGCCACCAGUACUGCCACCUCCGGUGCUGAGACAGGGACUAGCAAUGGUGCAGGGGGUGCGGCUGUGAUGCCUUGCUUUGGGCAGCACAUGGGGCAGCGGUGGCUUGCACAGGCAGGGGUGAGGCAAUGUUGUGGGUGCUUGGAGGAGUGCAUGGGGUUGGAAAAGAGAGGUGCAGCGGUGCAGGGGUGGUGCAGGCAGGGAGAUAGGGAGGGAGAGAGCCGUGGCAGGGAGGGCAGGGAUUGUGCAGGGGCGGAUGCCGUGGCGGCUGCUCAGGAUGGUUGCGAGGCAGGGUGGGCAGGAGUGGUGGGCGGUGGGGAGGGUGGCGGGGAGGGUGGCGGGGAGGGCGGUGAGGAGGGAGGUGGGGAGGGCGGUGGGGAGGGCGGUGGGGAGGGCGGUGGGGAGGGCGGUGGGGAGGGCGGUGGGGGGGACGCAUGGGUGGGUGCAGUGAGGCGGUGGUGGGGCAGGGCUGGCAUGCCGGGAUGGAGAGGCCCUGCACGUGAGGGGCAUUGUCAAGGGCGGGUGGUGGUGCUGGUGACGUGCGAGGACACGGGGUGUGGCAUCGCAGAGGAGGAGCAGCCUGAUGUGUUCCAGGCCUUCAUGCAGGCGCAUCACAAGAGGCACUUGCACGGCGGAAGUGGCCUGAGUCUCCACAUAUCCAAACAGCUGGUGUCUCUGAUGGGCGGCAGCAUGGGUCUGCUCAGCACAGAGGGCCUCGGCACCACCCUGCACGUCGCUCUCCCCAUCGCUGCUCUUCCCGCCGCUGCUGCUGCUUCUGCCCGUGCUGCCAGCACGAGCACACGAGCUCCCAGUGCUGCCCUUGCUGCUCUCUUCACAGCCAGCAGCACCAGGCGACUGGUGGGGUGGUGCGAGCAGGUGGCAGCAGGGAGGAGAAGUGAAGGGACAAGGCGCAGAGGGAGUGGGACGGAGGUGCAGGUGGCAGGUGUGAAGGCUGGAGGACUCACAAGGCACACUCGGGCGAUAGCAGCGCAGGGUGGGGUCCACGUGCAGGAGGAUGGGGUGGGGGCGAAGUGGGUGAGCGGCACGGCGCAGAGUGCCAAGGAGGCACUUAAGGAGAUGCUACAGGGCAUGGCAAUCCUGCUGUUGGACGACCAUAUGGUGGUGGACGACAACACCAUUUCCGUCCCUCCAUGCUCAUCCCCUCUCUCUCCUCCUUCCCUCUACCCUCUGUGCUCCACUAGGUGGUGGGCGACAACGCCAUCAACCGUCCCUGCGUUCUCAUGCCCUCUGCACUCCCCCUGUACUCGCCGUGAGUGGCUGCACCAGGUGGUGGACGACAACGUGAUCAACCGGCGGGUGGCAGCGAGCACGCUGGCGCGGUACGGGGCGGAGGUGGCGCUGGCAGAGUCGGGCGAGGCGGCGCUGCGCCUGCUGCAGGCGCGCCACUCCUUCCGCCUCGUGCUCAUGGACCUCCACAUGCCCGGCCUCGACGGCACAAAGGGCUCUCAUCUCGCCAUCCUCUUCACUCAUUCGCAGCCCCCAACCUCUCCCACCUUCCCAUCCCUCGCAUCCUCCACAUGA